GUUCCAGAUUGGCUAUUAACUUCGACUUUAAUAAUGUCAGGGGUCUCUCUUCAGGUCGGAAAGGACAGAGGAACAACGUCAUGUUUUCAAAAUCACGAAACAGUCAAAUUUUCUGUGGAGAAAGGUGACUACGGAUAUGUGACGUCAUACGAAUAUCCUGAUAACUACACCUCGGACUUUUACCUCGGGCAUUCUUGUAACGUGGAAAUCAGAGGCUGUAGCACCUGCAGAGUAAAGGUCACGCUAAUUGAUGUAAACUUUCCACCUUGUCCAGCUGUGCAGAUAUCCAAACAUAGGAACUUGUGCAUUCCUGGCUGUGACCACCUUCAGAUUCAUGAAGUCGACCAGCCUUACCACACUAAGAAUCUCCAGAAUUAUCAUACCAACGACAAUGAGGCUGAAUAUAUUUCUAUAUCCUCCAACGUCAAAAUACGUCAUUGUAUUUCUAACGGAACCGGAAUAAUGGGCAAGCGCUUCCGGGUCAAGUACGAGGUAACUGAAAAAGUUGAACAAAUUAGGGGAACGGUGUCCUCCACGAUGUUUGGUGGUGACAAGGGAGAAAUAUCAUCUCCAAACUUCCCAGACAGAUAUGCCCUCAACGGCGAAACGUUUACGUAUAUAAUAACCAACCUGGACCCAUAUGGCAGAAUCCGGAUGAUAUUUGACGACUGGGAUUUAGCGUCCGCCAGUACAUUACAGGUAUAUGAUGGUCCACGCACAAUUUCACCAUCAAAGGUAUACACUCGGCAUGAGCGACCGGUCUUGGUUUCCAAAUCGAGCACAAUUAUCCUCGUUUUUAACACCGGAAGUUCCAGUCAUCGGUGCUGCCACCCAGUGGGAUGGAAGGCUAGCUAUCAGUUUGUUUCCAGUAGCCAAUGGAACACGAUGCCAAGUACAAAUUGCAGCAAAAUUAAGGAAUAUAAAUCGGGAGGUGUUCUUAAUCUGGAUUACCUGACACCAAGUUUACCAGGCAUGUUCGACUGCAUCUGGAUCAUAAGGAAACCUGCUAAGAAAAAUCCAGAUGGGAUCCUUUUAAGAUUAACAGAAAUUGUAUUUGGUCAAGGAUGGGCAGAAUAUCCCGAUAAUAGCGUAGAGAUUAUAAGUGGAACAACAUCCAGGGGUGAAGUAUUGGGCAGAUAUUCCGCCACAAAUAUGACCAUUGGUCAUUGGUUCAGCCCAGGUUCCAGUUUGUAUAUAAGACUUCGGGGGGCGAUAUCAGCCGAGGACCGACUUAACUUCAUUUAUACAGCUGUGGAUAAUGUUACGGAGGCUGGGUGUCCUAGACGAGGCGACUAUCUGUGUAAAAAUCUGUGGUGUAUCGAUAAGUCCCUGAGAUGCGAUUCUGUCGAUCAUUGUGGAGAUAAUUCGGACGAAAGUCCUGACAAAAUCUGCCAGUAUGAAGAAAUUUGGAAACUAGGAAUAAGGUGGAAACUUUCAGAUUCAUCAACAAAAGAUCCAUGCGCGGGAAAUUUUAAAUGUGGCGGGAACAAAUAUGAUUGCUUGCCCAUGUCACGUGUCUGUGACAGAAUCAGUGACUGUUAUGACGACUCCGAUGAAAAGUGGUGUGCUUAUCAUUCUAAACAAAUCAACGAUGAAAGUUCCUCAACAUCCUCAAGUUACGAUACCAACGCAUUGGUACAUACUGUUGGACUUUUAAUUGUUUAUUUCUUUGUCACACAGGGUGCGUUGAAUCAAACAUCCCCAUUUAAGACGAAGCGUUCGCAGAACGAAACCGCCAUCCCUGAAUUUUUGUUUUUGUGGAUCGAACAAUCCGCAUUAAUCAUGAAACUUAUAAGAUUUUUGAUGAAACUGAGCCAUGAGACAGUGACUAUUGAACUGAAAAAUGGUACACAAGUGCAUGGAACAGUCACAGGUGUUGAUGUGUGUAUGAAUACCCACCUGAAAGCAGUUAAAAUGACCAUCAAGAACAAAGAUCCAGUACAGGUGGACACGCUCAGCAUUCGUGGUAACAACAUUCGAUAUUACAUUCUGCCAGACAGUUUACCAUUAGAUACUUUACUUAUUGAUGACACCCCAAAAGCAAAAAUGAAGAAAGGAAGGGAUGGUGGUAUGCGAGGAGGUCGUGGUGGUAGAGGGAGAGGCCGAGGAGGGAGAGGGGGUAGAGGCAGGGGCCGGGGUAGGAGAUAAACUGGUGUUCUUGGGAGUUUUGCAGCAGGAGUGAGAGAAAACAGGAUGUGUGCUUCAAAGGAUGGGAGUUACUUAUGGUAGAAGAAAGUGUGAAAGUCUUCAUAAUCAUGAACAGAGAUGAUUUCAUUUUUUUUAUGUGAACAGUCAAUCACCUUGUGUUAUCUUAGUAUAAUGGUGAAAUAUUGUAUAGGUUUAUUCAGUGUUCAUAUACAUCCAUGUGACUUGAUAGGUGCAUUUCUUCAUUACAUAGAGUUAUGUAAAAUCAAGUGGAGUUACUUUUCCUUGUGCAAGAAAUGAGACUGCAUACAUGUAAGCUUGCAGUCAUUAUUGAAAUGUUGUAUAAAAUUGAAAGUUCUGUA